AUGACGCAUUAUUCGGCUGAUGAUGACGCAUUAUCCCAGGCUAGGUUAAGGAUACUAGAGAAGGUCACUAGGCCCAACACUGGAUCGGGGGGCCGAGGGGGUGUCAUUGGAGUCACCCCUAAUGUGGCUGAGUACUGGAUAGAGGUUACUGAGAUGAUAAUAGAUGAUUUAGACUGUACCCCUGAGCAGAAAUUGAAUAGUGCAGUCUCGUUGCUUCUCGAUGAGGCCUAUCAGUGGUGGCUGACCGUUAAGGAGGACAUUCAGCCCGAUCAUCUAUUUUGGAAGUUCUUUAAGUCUGCCUUCAAGGAAAGUAUGUGGGAGCAAGUUAUAUCAAUACUCAGAGAGCAAGAGUUCUCCGUUUUGGUAGAGAAUACGAAGAUCACUGAAGAGGUUAAGCGCGCUGAGCGCCAAAACAGAGAUCGUGAGAAGAGUAAGAGCAAGAGGAAUCCGAAGCCAUCGAGUUCGGUACAGAGGCCUAAGAAAAAGGCCAAGACUGAUGGGCCAGUUAGAGCUGAGCCCCCUGUUGCUCCUACUAGAUUGCAACCGUGUGAAGAUUGUGGUAGACGCCAUCAGGGCGAGUUUUGGAGGAGGCCUGGGGCGUGUUUAAGGUGUGGGUCAUUAGAGCACCGCAUUUGGAAUUGUCUGCUGAGGGCCGAUCUAGUGCAAGCUCCUAGUUCUGGUACUAUGCAGCCGUACAGUUCAGUAGCCACUGAGGACAUAGGUUCCACACAUUCCUAUGUAGCUAGCAUUGUGUCUGGAAACUUAGGGAUCUUGGUUGAAAGUACUUCUAGUGAGGUGAUUGUACUGAGUCCACUGGGGCAAUCGGUUCUGGUUAGCAAAUGGUAUAGAGAAGUUUCACUAGAGGUUCAAGGGUCGGUAUUUUUGGCUAAUCUGAUAGAGCUUCCGUUUGGGGAGUUUAACCUAAUGCUGGGUAUGGACUGGUUGGUUAAGCACCGUGUCAGUCUAGACUGUGCGAUUAAGAGGGUCGUCUUAAGAACUACGGAGGAUAGUGAGACAAUCAUGAUUGGAGAACGUCAGAAUUAUUUUGCUAAUGUGAUCUCUGCACUGGUGGCUGAAAAACUGGUUCGUAAGGGACGUGAUGCGUUCUUGGCCUAUAUUAGUGUUUCUAUUUCUGGGGACUCUACUGUAAAGGACAUCAGAAUUGUAAGGGAUUUUCUGGACGUCUUUCUUGAAGAGCUACCGGGUUUACCUCUGAAUCGGAAAGUGGAAUUUGAGAUUGAGCUUCUUCCUGGUAUAGCUCCACUGUCUAUCGCCCCCUAUCGAAUGGCACCGAAGGAACUUAAGGCUCAACUGUAG